CGUCGCAUUCGACUUUGCGCGGUCGCGAAUAAUAGACGUACAUUUUUAUUUAUCGUAAUUCGAAUAUAUUUUAUCGAUAUCCGAGCUUUUUGAGUGAACGCGUCACUAUUUCCGUUCCAGACGUCCCGCGUUCGUUUUUCAAACUUACCGCCAUCUUGUAAGUUUUUUUUUAUAACUUUUGCGUGUUCUGUGUUUAUACUCUGUGACCACGUGGGGCCGUUGAUACAAACUUUCCUUUACAACAAAAUGUUAAAUGUGUCCAAUAAACUAUAUUAUUUGUAUUAUACAAUAAAGUAAACGAAGGACAGACCUGGGGCAUCGAGUUGGAAGGAGUUUGAAAACAGAAUUGGAUACCGGUUACAAGAAUCUCAACCCGUACAAAGUCUAGCAAGUACGUGUGACCAGUGGAGUGGCAUCGACAGCGAUGUACUGUUUGGUUCUGAUACUGGCCGCAGCGGCGGUGGUGGGCGGAAGGGCGGCCGUCGUCAGCAGGCAUAUGAAGUUGUUGGAUAUAGACAACCACAUUGAUACCAAUGCAGUGCCAACGAGGAGGACAAAGCCGUUCAUAAAGCUGAUCCGAGGACCCGCAGCCAGCAUAGCGCACCGACCUGGCACCACCCUGGAGCUGACCUGCGAAGCGGUGGCUGAGCCAGCACCCUCCGUGCAUUGGUUCAAGAACGACGCGCCGGUGUAUGAGUACGACAAAGAGUCCAGUGAGGUGAUACCCACCAACCCGUCGUCGGUGGCGCGGAUCUCUUCGACCCUUCUGGUGUCACGUACGGAAGAGCCCGCGCACUACACUUGCCUCGCAGUGGCGGGCGUGCACAGUGCCCGUGCCUCCACCCUGGUCUACCGCACCGAUGGCAGCACGGAAAGCUCCGAGCGGUCCAAACUGGUGCCGCUGGCUCCACGCAUCCUGGUCUCCUACAAGAUGUUCGUGGACACCAUCGGCAGCGACGUCGUGGUGCCUUGCCGCGCGCGCGGGCACCCGCGGCCCAGCGUGUCCUGGCAGACCAGCGAUGGACAGGACGUCAACGACGAUCCCAGGAUGAAGGUGCUCCGUUCGGGCGACCUGGUAAUAUCGUCCCUGCGGUGGGCCGACGUCGGCGAGUACACCUGCCGAGCCGCCAACCUGUUCGGCAGCACGGAGGUCAAGACCUUCAUUUAUCCGGCCACAGAGCGAAAAGCGCAGGCGGAUAAUGAAAUAAAAAGCAGCGAGUAAACAAAGUUCCUUUUGCUAGUUUAGCUUAGAAGUCUGUAAGGGCGCUUCACAUGCGACGCGACACGCCGCGGUUUUGAGUAAAUAACAUAUUUACUUAACUGUACAAAAAAAAUUGGUGAAAAUAAAUCAUCGGCUGGCCCGAAUAAAGUGUUUUCCAAAGAAUUUAUAUUAUUGUAUGAAACAGAUUGUAAAAAAUAUUUAUUUGUAUUUGUAUUGUAACUGUCAAGAUGGUUUUAAGAAAAUGGCGAUAUUUUUGUUCAUUUUAAUCGAUAUCGGUGGUUUUAUCUUCUACCACCGUAAUAAUGACGUUUAUUUUGUUCCACUACAGAACACGCGUCUCUUCUCAGAAUGAGAAGGGUUUAAGCCGUAGUCCGCCACACUGAUUGGUAGAUUUCACACGCUCUGGCCUGUUUUUUGUGUAUUCACACUAAAAAUGAGCUUUUAGAAUGGUUUUAUUGCAAAAAUAAGUGUCAAAUUAAUCGCUAUUAGGCUCUUCUAUAGUUUUGCCAAGUUUAAGCCUCUAUACUUUCAGAGUGAGAAAAAUUAUUGAAGAUAAGUUACAUGGCACCUAAUAUUAUAAAGAAGAGAGAAGACAAAUUUCACACUAAAUUUAAAUUUAGAAUGGAAACAACGCCAUUUUCUUAUCAAGCUAAGCUGAAUAACGUAUUUAUUUAUUUUAUAUUUUCAUUACUAAACUGAAACUCUUCUUAAUUUUGUGUUGCAUUUGACACACCGUCUUAAAUGAAACACCUUAACUUGAGAACGCCGCGUUUUGUAAGUCCGUGUGAAGACACUCUAACUGUAUCGAUUCUGCCUAUUUUAUACUGUAUUAAAUAAACAUAAUGAACUAUAUUAGAGACCUAUUAUUAUUUAAAUUAUAAACUAUGUACUAAACAAUUAUUGUGAUCCAAUAAAUACUUACUGUAGACUGUGAUUCAAAUAGAUAUGGAAAUAAAGAACUUUGAAUACCAA